UUUAUUGCACGGAGGAAUUUGUUUGUUGCGUAACGAAAAGCAUUUACGUGACAUGAAGGCUUCGAGCUGGUUAGUUCUCUGGUCCCUGUGGGCCGCACGUUUCGUCCAGCAGCCCACGAUGCCCGUGCGGACCCAUGGAGGCUGGCUUCGCGGGCUGAUGGCACCCGAUGGCUCCUAUAAACAAUAUCUGGCAAUACCGUAUGCUACCAUUCCAGAGAAUCGGUUUCAGGCUCCUGAUAAAGCACCAACAUGGCGAGGCGUUUUCGACGCUGUAGAAGAGUACAUUCGAUGUCCACAAAGAUUUUCUGAAGAAGGCAUGGUCUUGGGCCAAGAAGAUUGUUUAGUCCUUAACAUAUACACUCCAGCCGAAUCUACACCAUCCUCAAAGUAUCCGGUCAUGGUAUUUAUACACGGUGGUGCAUUUUUCGAAGGCUCUGCAACUACAUUUUUGUAUAGUGGAGGUUAUUUAGUCAGAAAAAAAGUCAUCUUUGUCACUUUCAACUAUCGGUUUAAUAUUCAAGGUCACUUGUGUCUGGGGAUUAAAGAAGCUGCGGGAAAUGCUGGGAUGAAAGAUCAAGUGGCAGCUUUGAAAUGGAUUCAGCGUAAUAUCAAAGCAUUUGGUGGUGACCCAGAUAAUGUAACACUGUUCGGAGUGAGCUCUGGUGCUGCAUCUGUGUCUUAUCACAUGCUUUCGCCAAUGUCUGAGGGAUUAUUCCACAAGGUUAUAAUAGAGAGUGCUUCUUCACUUGCACCUUGGGCCUUUCAAUUUAGGCCAGUAUACACGGCUAGUUUACUCACCAAAGCAAUGGGAUACACUACUGAAGAUCCCUACGAGAUUUAUAACAUAUUGUUGGAAAAGACUGACGAAGAGCUUGUCCGAACAAGGGUACCCAGACAAAUAGGUAACACAAAAGUUUCAGAACCACUAUACUCACCGUGCUUAGAAAAGAAAAUAGUAGGAGAGGAAGCCUUUUUGACUGAUCUGCCAUUUAAUUUGUUAUCAAAGGGAAAGUACAAUAAAGUUCCCAUGAUAAUAGGACGGAACAUUGAAGAAGGGUUAUUUUUGGCAGGCAUGGAGAAUGUUACAAGUAUAAAUAACAUGAGGGUUGAAAAAUCUUUACCAAAAGAUUUGGCGAUACCAAAUGAGGACGUUCGAAAUGAGAUAGUAAAAAAGUUAGAGAGGUAUUACAUGGAUAAUAAAAAUAUCAGUUAUGAGACGAUAGGUAAUCUUUCGAGACUACUCGGAGAGAUUUUUUUUGUUUAUCCGGUUUUGGAAGAGACAGAACUUCACUUGGAGAAUAAUGACAGUCCUGUGUAUACUUACGUUUUCAACUACGAUGGCUGGAGGAAUAUGGCUAAAUUCUCCCUCUUAUCGUGGGUUCUGUGUAGCUUCCCUGGGGCAACCCAUGCUGAUGAAAUGUUCUACUUAUUCAGCCAACCGAUGCUUCCUUCAAUGUUUGAGAGCAAAAUGAUAGACAGGAUGACGACCAUGUGGACAAACUUUGCUAAAUAUGGGGAUCCUACACCUGAGUCCACCGCUCUCUUACCAGUGAAGUGGACUGCGGCCAACAAGUCGUCUCCGGAGUCUUUGGUCAUUGACGCCGAGUUCUCGACGGCGCCGCUCUACUCUCGGGAAUCGCUAAAGUACUUGCGGGAAAUUUACUCCAAGUACAGAAGGAAAGAGGAUUGA